GUUCCAGACACUAGCCAGAAUGCCUUUGCUAAAAUGUACUGGCUGUCUAAUCCGACAGCUUCAUAAUCCGUUCUUGCGAUCAAAUUUUCUAUACAGAUUUCGCUUACCAACUAUUUCAUUCGCGCCUCCACAAACAAGAAAGUUCAGUGAUGACAAACAAGACAAAAGUAAAAUGAUCGAAAGAGAAAUCAAAAAGUGCAUUGAACGUAAGCUGAAAGACUUGUGUAAGGAGAUGGAACAGAUGGAUAAGAAAGAUAAAAAAAAAGCUGAAAACUUGUUUGAAUGUUUGCUAAAUGAGAUGAACAAGCAGUGCAACGAGCUCAUAUUGAGUAAGUUUUGUAAGAAGAAGAAGGUCAAGAAAGAGCCAAAGCAAAAUGAGGAGACCACAAAAAAUAAAUGUGGAGACCCCUGUGCCAAAUUUCGAAAGAAGCCAAAACCAGAGAGUAAGGAAGAGGCGCUGAAAAGAAAGUGUGCGGAAAAGGCUCAAAAAGAAAAGGACGAAAGAGAUGCAAUGAUGAAAAAAUGUGCAGUGGAGGCGCAAAAGAAAAAAUGCCAGGAAGCAUCUUUGCAAAGGAAAUGCAAAAAAGAAGCGCAAGAGAAAGAUGAGAAGUUAGCAGAACAAAUUGAAAAGUGCGAGGAAGAAGCACUUAAAAAAAUGUGUGAAGAAAAGGCAAAAAACAAAAAGCAAAAAUCUGAUCCGGAAAAAGAAAAAUGUGAACACGAAGCUUUAAAAAAGAAAUGCAAGGAAGAGGUGAAUAAACAAAGAGAACUUAUUGAGCGCCUUAUGGACGAGUGCAGAGGUGCUCCUUUGAAAGAAAAGGUACUCUCUUCUGGGGAAAAGAAAGAAGGAAGUUGUGACGAUCCUGCUGAAGCUGAGGAGAAGAAAAAGUUUGAGCAAGAAUUGAAGAAAUGCACUGAUAAAGAGAAGGAAAAGGUUACUACCGCCAUUGUAUUAUUGACUGAAGAAGAACUUAAAGAUUUUAAGAAAAUGGGGACCUGUAUUGAUGAGCAAAUUAAAAAUUUCUGCAAAAAACAGAUUGAAGCGGCACAAAAGAAGAAGUGCGAGGAAGAGGCGUUAAAGAAAAAAUGUGAGGAAGAGGCCCUAAAGAAAAAGUGUGAAGAAGAGGCGAUUAGGAAAAAAUGCGAAGAAGAAGUUCAAAAGAAAAAGUGCGAAGAAGAAGCACUCAAGAAAAAAUGCGAAAAAGAGGCUUUAAAGAAGAAGCGCGAAGAAGCUGCACUAAAGAAAAAGUGCGAGGAAAGGGCUCGAAAACAAAAAUGCGAAGAAGCUGCACUGAAGAAAAGGUGCGAGGAAGAGGCUGAAAAGAAAAAGUGCGAGGAAGAGGCUCUAAAGAAAAAGUGUGAGGAAGAAGCAAAAAAACAAAAGCGCGAAGAAGCGGCACUAAAGAAACGGUUUGAGGAAGCACAAAGAAAAAAAAAGUGUGAAGAAGAGGCGUUAAAGAAAAAAUGUGAAGAAGAGGCUCAAAAGAAAAAGUGCGAGAAGGAGGCCCUAAAGAAAAAAUGUGAGGAAGAGGCUCAAAAGAAUAGGUGUGAGGAGGAGGCUCAGAAAAUAAAAUGUGAAAAACAAGUUCAAAAGAAAAAAUGCGAGGAAGCGGCAUUAAAGAAAAAAUGCGAAGAGGCUCAAAAGAAAAAAUGUGAGGAAGAGGCACAAAAGAAAAAGUGCGAGGAAGCGGCAUUAAAGAAAAAUUGUGAGGAAGAGCACAAGAAAAAGUAAUAUUUCAAAGCAGAAGCAGAUUAACCAGUUGAAAGAUUAACAAAGCAAAUGGAAAAAAGAAAAGUUUUUGAUAAAACAUUUGUAUUGUUUUAUGAAGAAAAUUAUAAAUAAUAAAUCCAUAUGUAUAUAUAUGUA